AUGGUAGUACUGGCUGGAGAAUCGAAUGCAGCUCGUAUUCUGGGUCUGUUCGAUUAUCCGGGAAAAAGUCACUUCGUAAUGUUCGAGGAGGUGAUGAAGGCGCUCGCUGCCAGGGGCCACGAGGUGUUUGUCUACAGCCACUUCCCUCAAGCUAAGCCCGUACCAAACUACACAGACAUCAGCCUGGUCGGUUCUCUGCCUUCCGUGGUGAAUGGAAUUCCAGUGGACGAUAGGUUUGGUAGAGAUGAUCCUUCGGUAACAUUUAAAUUACUCAAGAGCCUCACAGUGAGCGCAUGUGAUACGCUGCUGCAGUUCCCCGCAAUGCAACAACUAAUGAAGUCAAAUGAAAAAUACGACCUCAUCUUCACCGAGCCAUUCACGACUGACUGUAUGCUGCCCUUUGUGUACAAAUUUCAGGCACCCAACAUUGCACUCAUUUCUUCUGUCAUUAUGCCAUGGAAUCUAGAUCGCUUUGGUUUACCUGAAAAUCCGUCUUAUUUGCCUUACAUGUUUCUACAGAGCAGUGACCACAUGAGCUUCUUCGAGCGUCUGAGGAACACGUGGUAUGUAACCUACAGCAAGUUAUUCUUUUACGAGUAUAUAAACAAACCUACAAAUACGGUCGUCAGGAAGUACUUCGGCGACUCUCUCCCUUCUUUAGAGGAAAUCGCUGAAAAUACUAGUAUGCUAUUCGUAAAUUCAAAUCCAACUCUGAAUCCUCCGCGGCCAUUUGUACCAGCUGUUGUGGAGGUCGGCGGAAUACACAUCAAGCCUGCACAGAAGCUCCCAAAGGACAUCCAGGAGUUCAUGGACGGAGCAGAUCAUGGAGUAAUUUUCUUCACAUUUGGUUCGACAGUCACUGCCAAGGAUUUGAGUGAAGAGAAACGGAAGGCCAUAGUGGAAUCCUUCGCAGAACUACCUCAACGUGUGCUGUGGAAGUGGGAGGGUGAUAAAUUGCCGGGAAAACCACCCAACGUGAUGGUGCGCAAGUGGCUGCCUCAGUAUGACAUACUAAGUCAUCCCAAAAUGCGACUGUAUAUUUCUCACGGAGGUAUGAUGGGAACAAUAGAAGCCAUUUACAGCGGGGUACCUAUGAUAGGCAUUCCGCUGUUCGGGGACCAGCCUUCUAACGUAAUGAUGUGUGUGAGAAGGGGCGUCGCACGUCUGCUCCGCUUUCACGAAAUAUCGAAACAGUCGCUAUUGCAGAACAUAAGAGAGGUGAUUAACGACCCUAGGUAUAAGCAAAGGGCUGUAAAGCUGUCACAGGUGUACAAGGACAGGCCCAUGAGUCCUCGGGAAGCUGUUGUCUACUGGUCAGAGUACGUCAUCCGACACAAGGGAGCCAGGCACCUGCGCUCCGCUGCCCUCGAUCUGCAGUGGUACCAACUGCUGCUACUGGAUGUUCUGGCCGUCGUCUUCGUCGGUGUAGUGGCAGUCGUAGUCGUGGGUGUUAGUCUUCUGCAGCUAGUCUUGCGAAAAUUUGGGCUACUGAGAAAGGAGUCGUUGGCAGAUCCUUCACUGCAGAAGAAAGAGCAGUAGUUUCGGCUGCCCUACUUGACGAUUCAGUAGCUUCAUCGUAUUCUAAACUGAAAGGAACUUGUUAACAGAAUGACGGACUGGGAUAUUACGUUCUACUAGGAUUAGCGUUUAAACAUAUUUUAGUAGAUAACGUGGCUCAAAUUUGUGAACAGCUUGGAUUGGUGGAAUGAGUGAGACAAAACACUGGGGUAUACUCUAGCUAUGAAAAACCACUUGACUCAACAGGUCUAGCAUUUUGGGAAAAGUGGUAGCUUUCCAAAGACCAUCAAAUAUCGCCGUUUCCUGUUUCAUAAACGUACCUAGCAUUACUGUGUAGAAUGUAAGGUAUAUGAUAUCGAAAGGCAAAGAUAAAUCCAAAAUUUCAAGUAGUUAUAUUCAAGAAACCGUUUAUAAGUUGCAUGUGGAUGACAGUCAUUUUGGGGCAUUGUAUACUCUUAUGUCUUCCACCUGCUAAUGUGACAGUUAUCGUUCUUGCUGCCAUGCACAUUACAGGUGUUUGUCACAGUGCAGUGAUGGGAGAAAUAAAACGUGUUUCUAAGAGCAGAUAGUAAUGGUGUAGACAGAACGAAGCUGACAGCUAAGUGAAAACGUUAAGUAACAUUUCUCGCACAACUUUCAGCAUGGUAACAACCGUCAUGUGACGAUUUUACACUCCCUUGAUAUUUUAGAAGAGACUCUAAAUUUCAAGAGGAGAAGGUUUAUGCAAGUAUCUCCUCUUGGUGUUCGAAGACUUCCAGUUAUGACCGUACUGUCACUGUAAUACAGCAAACUGCACUGUCAUCGCUUUUUCGGAGGGUACUGAAAUAAUGUAAUCAGUUGGCAAAGUAUAAUACACUAACGCUGUACUUGCAAGAUGCAGUUGUUCCACGUUAUCAAUAGUCACAACUCACUACUCGAGUCUA